UUUAGGGGCAGACAGGUGAGAGUAGACCGCCCGGAAGAGUGUCACAGGAGACACGCCCUCCACCAUUGCACCAACCCUGAGAAAGUGACUAACACGCUACUCAGCUUUGACACACGCAAAACACAGUCAUCAUCACCACUGCACGCGAGGACUGGGUGUGACUGGCGGGUGUGUGUGUGAGGGAGGUACAGUAUAUAGUGUGUGGGGCGACAGUGGUCAGCAUCACUCCCGCCCUCACCCACACCACAGCCAACAUGUCCCCUCUAAGCUGUCUCGUCGUAUUGGUGGUCGUGGUUGCCAUGACUACCGCCGAGCAGCGCGCCUCUUACGGUAACUCAGGAGGCAACAACGCCGAGAUACUGAAGGACGAGAGGACGCAGGACGGCUACGGCACGUACUCCUUCCAGUACGAGACCAGCGACGGCGUCACCCGGCACGAGUACGGCAGCCAGGAUGAUGGUCAGGUGACCAACGGCGGCUGGAGAUACACGUCCCCUGAGGGUCAGGUUGUGGACAUCACCUUCGUGGCCGACCACGGGGGCUACCAGCCCACGGGGGACGUCCUCCCCGUAGCCCCGGCCCUUCCCUACCAGCGGUCACAGCCGUACCACUGAGGCAGCUGUCCCUCCCGGGUUGAGGUGGCCCACCAGCUGCACCUUGUUCCUUCUGCUUGUCUGCCAGGCGGCCGUCCUCAGGAACACCUGGCUGAAGAUGCAGAAGACGUCACAUAUCUUAUAUCUGAAACACUGUGCAGGAAGUUGGUGGCGUGUGGGUUUAUUUCUAUUUUUCUUGAGCUGCGUCUUCCAUAUUCUUUGUUUAGAAAUUGUUCCUAAACAUGUAGCUAAGUAAUAUAGCACUUCACCUUAUGUUUCGUGUUAAACUUUUUCCUGUUUUUCCUUAUGCUAAGUCUUUAUGGUAGAUUAUUUUUUCUGUCAUGUAAAUUUCGUGUAAGUCUAGCAUCAGUCACUGUCAUACUUACACACUGUCAUGUUGAGGAACCAUUAGACCUCAGAGCCUGACUGAACUUCACAUCAUCAUUCCCUGCUCGAUAUGAAUCACAGUAUAUAUACGGAUUAUAAUAAAGAACGAAAUUCAUAAAGUCGGAUUCUGGAUUUGUCAGGCGCGACUUUUGGAUGUAAACAUUAAAUAAGAUUAUCGGCUUUAUACAUCCACCCGUUUCGUAUAUCAUUACUUUUCGUUCACUUUUAUCCUUUACGUACGUUUCCGUGUAUUUAGUGACUAUAUAUUUCUCUUGAUAUUUUUCUUUACUGUGCUUUACCCGUCGUUGUUGAGGUCUUAGCUUGUAAAAGACUAUAUGUAUGGUCUCUUGAGUGUAAUAGUCUGAUAACAGGUAAAAAAUAAAGAAAUUAUAAAAAACAAUA